AGAAAAUGACCCUUCGAUUUGCGCAGUCUGUCAAGAAAAAUUGCGGGAAGGCGACGCGGUUUGCUCUUUGGCCAGUGGUGCGCGCUUUCACGAUGCGUGUUUUAAGUGCAACGUUUGCAACGAACCCAUCACGACAGAGAACUUUGUCCGCGAUCGCUCGGCCCGGACCAUAACCUGCGGCAAUUGCCUACCGAAGUGCCCGCACUGCGGGGAGACCGUAAGCGUAUUUGACAAGUCAGUGAGUGCGCCCGACGGCACGCAGUUUCAUGCCGAGUGUCUCCGCUGCGACCGGUGCAAGGCAUCCUUGCUGGAGGGCUUCUUUCACCACCCGCACGACGC